UUUAACCUACACACAAACACUUUUAUAGAAAGAAUUUUUCUGUUUAAAUCUUUCGUAUAUACAAUAAAUAUAGGCUUUUUGUUGAAUAUUGUGACAAUAAUUCAGUGAAUUUUUGGAGAUUCAAAAGUGUUGGCAAAAUAAAAAAAAAAUAAAUAUUUUUUUUUUUAUUAAAUUAUUGGCAAGCGAAAUGGCGUCGUCAUUCAAAUUGUUGAUAACUUUCCUGCUGAUGUUUCCCACAAAUUGGGCACUCUCCAUGACAUCAUCAGAUUCACUAUCGGUGUCAUCCAAGUUACCUUUGUCCUCCAACUCGAAUACAAAAGAACCAUCAUCAUCAUCAUCGGCAGCAGCAACCUUGGGUGAUUUAUAUCGUAAAAGCAGGCAAUCCAGAUGUGCACGUUGCUAUGAUGACAGAUAUGGAGAUGACUAUGAAAGAACUCGGUAUAAUAGUGGAUCGGGUGGCAGAGGAGGAGGUGGUGGUGGUGCACCAAGUGGAUAUUCAAACUAUCCCAGCAGGACAUACGAUGAAAGGCCACCUAGCGGUGGUAAUUGGUAUUAUCCUCGAGAAACCAACGAUCGCUAUGAUGAAAGCAGAGUUGGUUAUGGAGGUGGCAGAGAAAACGACAGGUAUUACUACCCUUACAACGGCCAUUAUUACGAAAGGUAUGCGUAAGUUUAAUUUUUGUUG